AUCUCACACAUUUCCAAAGCAAAACCUAGCAAAGACAAAAAUCUCCUCUAGCAAUCCACUAGAUAACAUAAUAACAGUACCAGCAGUCAUGGCUAAGGCACAUGCAUUAGCUGCAGCACUGUUGCUUGUCAUGUCGGUGUCCCUCGCCGCACUAGAAGGUGUUCAUGGCGUUUGCGGCAUGUCGAAUGAUGAAUUCAAGCUUUGCCAGCCCGCGGCGGCAGUGAAUAACCCGACAGACAGUCCGUCGGCUGAGUGUUGUGUUGCGCUUGGGAAGGCCAACCUAUCAUGCAUCUGCCGGUACAAAGGCAUCGCCAGCAUAUGGCUGAGAAAGUACCACAUCGACGCAAAGCGCGCCAUGGCGCUGCCCGGCAAGUGCGGUCUCACCAUGCCCAACAACUGCUCGUGAUGAUCAGAUGUACUACCCAUAAGUAUCUAGGAGUCGGUUGCUUUACGUCUGCAUCGACACUUUAUAUAUGGCUAAAUAAGUGGAGGAGCACUUGGAAAAGCAUUGUGCUACUCGGUCUUAUUGUUAUUGUGUGAUUUCAAAGUCAUUAAGCUCUUGAUAAAAUAGUAUAUGUGUGUUAUACUGGAAGUGUAAGGAUGGCAGGCGUGCCUUGCAUGUUAUUCCCAUGAAUUUAAUAUCUUAUAGUGGUGUCGUUCGUGUCAAAAAGUUGCACGUUUUCUAGUGAA